CAGCCAAAGAAUAUCGCAGUCUGCUUCCAGCAAGUCUAAGAAGUCAAACAACCCAAUCAUCAUGAAGUUCGUCGCUAUUAUCGCCACCGUGUGCCUGCUGGCCACUUACGUUGCCGCCGAGAAGAGGCAGACCGUGGGCUCAGCCUAUGGCGGUGGAUACGAGAAGCCAGCAGCAGCUCCAUCCUACGCUGCACCCGCAGCACCAGCUGCUCCGGCCUACGCUGCUGCGCCCGCUGCCGCUUCGUACGCCGCACCCGCUCCGGUGUCCAUUCCGGCACCACCUUGCCCCAAGAACUACUUGUUCAGCUGCCAGCCCAACCUGGCUCCAGUCCCAUGCAGUGCCCCCGCACCCAGCUACGGAUCCGCCGGCGCCUAUUCGCAGUACGCUCCCGUCUACGCACCCCAUCCCGUGCACUGGUAAAGAGUUGAUUAAGCAUCCAACGGCAGAAAACGACAAAAAAUAAAAAAUAAAUUGCAUUGUGCAACAUAAA